CGAACUAACUUUCUCCAAAUCCCCCCGCCUUAACUUUCUUUCACCCACACCAGAGUUCCAAUCCAACUUCUCUUCAUCCUCUGUUUUCCAUUUUUUAUUUUUUUUGGGUAGAACAUCCUCUGUUUUCUGGGUCAAGCAGUUGAAACAAAAACAGAGCACCGCCGCCGGCCGGCCGGCGAUGAAAGACCCAUCAGUCAAGGAAGAAGUGUCCCGGGUGCUCCAAGUGCUGGAAGCUCUCAAACAAGCCUCACACGACCUCCAAUCCCACCCGAAUCCCACCUCCGCCGCCAUGAAUCCCCUGCUCCAGCUCGAAACAGAGUCCGACGGGAUCCUGUCCGACGACCCGAACCUCUCCGCCCUUUCUCACCGUCUCGCCGAGCUCAAAUCGCUCGUCGACGAUUACAACCGUCGGUCCCCUAAUCGGAGCAGCAUCCGCAGCUUCUUGGCUCGCCGGGUUUCGACGCAUUCCAUCUCGAAAGUCGCCGGGUCGAUCGAGUCCGAAAUCCAGGCCUGGAUCGAUCGCGAGAGCGUCGAGAGCCUGGCCCGGUCGCUCAAGAAAGAACCACCUCCCAAGGGACAAGAAGAACAAGAAGAAGAAGAGCUGGCGAGUCUAUUGGGUCAAUUCGAGAACCGAAUUUCUCAAGGGUUCAACCGGGAACUGCAGGAUUUGGUCCUGAAGGCGAGGAUAUUCGGGUCGUUGGGUCGGAUCCUCUGCGACCCGGGUCGGUCGAUUCGGAUCAGGGAGCUCUGCGCUUAUUGUAUCACUGCUCUCGUCGGGUUCAACAAGGACGUGUUCGCCGGAUUCCUCACGGCGCCGCUGAUUCACGCGCUCGUUUCGUUGGGGACCUGGAAAUCGGUACGAUUGCUCUGCUCUCUGAUCAAAUUGAUCAGAUCGCCGCUCGUCGACGAAAUCCAGUACAGCGGCGAGAUCCCGAGGAUCAUUCGGCUGCUGGACUGUAAAGAUCAGGAGACGAAGGUUAUGGCGAUGGAUUGCGUGCUGGAAAUGGGGUAUUUUGGGAGGAAGGAAGCCAUCGACGCGAUGCUUGGGGAAGGGUUGAUCGAGAAGCUGGUGGAGCUGCAGAGAUCGGAAUUGGGCGGGGAUUUGAUCGGGAUGGAGAGGUUCGACUCUGACUCUGAAUUCGACUCUGAUUCCGACGGCGGCGGAGAAGGGCAGAAGAAGAAGAAGAAGAGGAAGGAGAAGGGUUUUUUGGAGAGGCACCCGUUUGCGAGCUGCGUGGCGAGAUUCGCCGUGCAGUUGGAGGUUGGGGAAGGGCUGCGGCAGAGGGAGAAGAGGGCUCUGAAGCCGGAGAUUCUGCGGCGGGUGAAGGAAGGCUGCGUCUCCGACGCCGAAGCCGCCACCAUUGUCGCCGAAGUUCUCUGGGGAUCCUCGCCGUGAAUAAGUAAAACGCAGGGAGAAAGUGAUCGUUUUGAGUUUUGGUUUGUUAUGAAGAUUUGGUGGUGUAAUUAGACAAGUGAAUUUUGUUGUGAAUAAUCCUUUUUUUGGUUAAUGUUCUGUAUUACAUAAUUCAUUGAGUGUACAAAUUUGUCACUUAAGAGUAAGUUUGUAGUGAAAUUUGAAUCGACGACUUCGAAAUUAUGAAUUUGUUGUGUUACGUUUAUUGAUGAUACUACUAAGUUACUAGUUCUUUGUAACUUAAUGUAUGGCGAUUUGUCGAGAAAGGGUCUCACCAUCGCGAAUGAAAUAUGGAUUGCAUGUAGGAAUGAUGUCUAUGUCUCUAUGAGCCUAGCAGAUGUUUGGUGGUGACAACGAAGGUGGUUGUUUGGCUUGCUGAACGAGAGAAAAUUCGCAAUAGAAUGAAAUUCACGGAAUGUUGAAAAUCAGAAUCAAAAGAUUAAACUUCUUACAAGUUACAACUAACUAACAAUCCUACUGGUCCGAUCGUUAACCGGUGCUAACCCGAGAACCGAACAUCCCUAUAUUUUCUUCUAGCAGCUACUUGGUGGGAUUCGAUGAUUCGGGUGACUUGAGUACGAUAAUGAAAGGUGAUGGGAUCAAAAUUCGGAUAUGCCUAUUGAGGUUCCAUGCUAUGCCAUUGUUGCCAAUGAUACGUAUUGAUUAUGUUCACCAAAUGCCCAAUGCUGUCUUGCUAUGAUAGGCAGCUAAAUGGAGGAAAGUCAAGAUAAUACUAGAAUAUUGAAAGAAAGAAACUUCUUAGAAAGAAAAUUGAGAAACGAUAAGGAAUCUUUCACUAAGAUGGAGAAAAAAAAUUUAGAUCGAAGCAAUGAAAUAAUAUUACAACGUUACGAAAUGAAAUAGUAUUAACUCAACGCGAAAUGAAACGAGAUCUAGAAGAAGCUCCAAAACCUAGUAAUGAUGCGACUCCACCGAAGACACACAUAGCACCACCUUUUUUUUUUCUCGCAUAGCUCACUCAUGGCUUUUGAUUGAUUUCACUAUUCAAUCCCAUAAAAGAUACAAACCAAUGAAAACAAGCAUAAAAACUUCUAGGACAGCAAAACGUAUGGUAGGGAGCUAAUAAGAUCAACAACGGUAUAAUUUGAUUUGAUUUUAACCGCGGAUAGAUAUAUAACGAAAUUGAUGGUUCGAGGACCAUCAAAUGAAUCGAUGCAUUUUUUAUGUACGUUUCUUAUCAUACUCUCUCCCAUACUAUUCAAUCUGAUCAUUUACCGGCUUGAUCGGACCAUUACCGAUGGGUUGCUCGGGUAGCACAGACUCGAGCAAUUGAACAUGAAACGAAACGUCGCUUUCUUUGUCCACUUAAAUACGUCGUAUACUCGUAUUAAUACAUAGUCAUGUAAACUCUCAAAUUGUAACGUCUUAUUAUCGCUUUGGAUGUUCUUCAAAUUUUCACAAGUUGAAAUCCGUACUCAACCCCUACAAAUCCUAAUUUUAACACACUAACCACCAUCACUUACCGACAUUCAUUUAUUCGUCCACUUAAAUUAGUCGUAUCAACACAUGUCACGAAUACUCUCAAAUUGUAACGUCUUUUCAUCGUUUUCAAUGUUUUUUGAGUUUUCAUAGAUUAAAAACCUAUACUCAAACCAUAACAAAUCCUAAUUUUCGCA